AUGGAUAUAUCAAAAGCAUAUGACCGCGUCGAAUGGGAAUUUGUGCUACAAGUAAUGACAAGACUAGGCUUUCAUUCAAAGUGGAUUAACUGGGUGAUGCAAUGCAUUUCGACAGUAUCAUAUUCCUUUCUAAUAAACGAUUCAGUAUAUGGGAAAGUGAAACCUCACCGUGGUAUAAGGCAAGGAGACCCGAUCUCUCCUUAUCUCUUCAUCCUGUGUGGAGAACUCCUCUCUGGCCUGUGUAGAAACGCUGAGCUUGAUGGAACUAUGAGGGGGAUCCGCGUUGCUCGAGGCAGUCCCCGGGUAAAUCAUCUGCUGUUUGCAGAUGACACUAUGAUGUUCUGCAACUCAUCAUCGGAGAGCUGCCUGUCUCUGUCCAAGAUCCUAAAUGAAUAUGAAAAGCAUCUGGUCAGAAGGUCAACAUAUCCAAAUCUUCUAUUACCUUCUCUGUCAAAACCCCACAAGAAACAAAGUCAGCAGCAAAACACGUCAGCAGCAAAACACAUCUUGGGGAUUCAAAAAGAAGGUGGGGUGGGGAAAUAUCUAGGGCUCCCGGAGCACUUUGGUAGAAGGAAGAGAGAUUUGUUUACCUCAAUAGUCGACAGGAUCAGACAGAGAGCCUCCAAUUGGUCUACGCGAUUCUUAUCACGAGCUGGCAAACUCACCAUGCUCAAGUCUGUCCUAACAGCUAUCCCAACCUACGCCAUGUCGUGUUUCCAGCUUCCUAUGAGCCUCUGCAAAAGAAUUCAAUCUACUCUUACUAGGUUAUGGUGGGACGACACAACUGACAAGAGAAAAAUGUGCUGGGUUGCUUGGGAUAAGCUAACCAAACCGAAAGCCUCUGGAGGAUUAGGAUUAAGAGAUAUACAAAUCUUUAAUCAAGCACUACUGGGAAAGGUUGCUUGGAGAAUCUUAACUCGAAGCAUUCUCCAUGGCCGUGACUUACUCCAAGAACACCUGGGUAAAGCCAUUGGAAAUGGUCAAACCACAAAGGUCUGGAAAGAUUCAUGGAUCUCCCUAGACAACAGCAUCAAACCAAUGGGACCAGUCCAUGAAUCUGCUCUCGACCUGAGAGUAUCAGAUCUCCUCACGAGUGAUCUCCUUUGGAAUAAGAAAAGGAUUGAUCAGUUCUUACCAGCUUUCAGUACGCAAAUCCAAGGCCUAAGACCAAGUAGGAAAGGAGCUGAGGAUGCCUAUGUCUGGACCCCUCUCACCACGGGAAUCUACUCAGCAAGAUCAGGGUACAAUGCAACAGCACAGGCUAGUCAUUGCCCUAGUGCUCCCAUCUCUCAACCUGAGGCAGAGUUUAAUUGGUUAAAGGACAUUUGGUCAACAAAAACAUCUCCAAAGCUCAAGCUUUUCUUGUGGUCGACUAUUCAAGGAGCUUUACCUUUAGGGGUAGAACUACAGAAGAGAGGAUUAAACGCUGCAGCCCUAUGCCCUCGGUGUAAAGAAGUUGAAACUGCAAUGCAUACAUUCUUCCUCUGCCCCUUUGCCAAAGAAGUCUGGAACCAUGUCCCUUUCAAAACGCCAGUUCACAUAGCUGAGGAUAUGGACUUCAAAUCUGCAAUAGUCAAAUUCCGCCAAGCUCUCUGCCUCCCCCCCAUAGGGGUCCGAUCCCCCCUCCUUCCAUGGGUCUGCUGGUCCCUCUGGACGGCCAGAAACAAGCUCAUCUUCGAAGACAAAACCAACCCUCCCAUCGAGAUCGCCAUAAGAGGCCUAGCAGCAGCACUGGAAUGGGAUCAGGCACAGGCGGUAAUGAUAUCAAAGACUAACCCAAACAUACCGCAAAGAGCUGCUCCAAUCAGGUUGAUUAGUCUAGAUACUGAGAACCCCUGUUUCGUCGACGCCGCCUGGGACUCCACAGCUAAGCGAGCGGGAACCGCAUGGAUUCUUAACAAACACCUCCCGCACCAUGCCCGAUCAGGUUCACAGAUCUUCGACAACGUCAACUCUCCCCUUAUGGCUGAAUCGCUCGCUCUCCGAAACGGCAUUGAGGAAUUGAUCAAAGCGGGAGUACAAUCCACAACAGUCUUCUCGGAUUGCCAAACGCUCAUCAGAGCUAUCGUCAACAAGAGUCAGAUCAAAGAGGUUUACGGCGUUCUCCAAGACAUCGAUCGCCUCUCUUCUCUCUUCGUCUCUAUCUGUUUCCAGUUCAUCCCUCGUUCUCAGAACAGGGAAACUGAUUUCUUAGCUAAACAGGUCCUUCAGGCCCACUGCUGUUUAAUUCCCUAUGUUUAA